UAUAACUUAAAUUAACUUUUAUUUAUAAUUUUUAGUUAUAGUAUCAGUAAUAAUUGCUAAUCAUUUAUAAUAUAUAUCAAUAUUUAAUUUCAUAUAAAAGUAAGUUGUGUGGUUAGAUCAUGUGUGUUAUUUGUUUUUAGUAAAACGUAACUUAAAAUAAUAGUAAUAUUAAUAUUAAAAGUAUGUCGUCCUCUGGAGAUUUCGGUAAUCCUCUAAGAAAAUUUAAAUUAGUAUUUUUGGGCGAACAAAGUGUGGGUAAAACGUCGCUGAUCACUAGAUUUAUGUAUGAUAGUUUUGAUAAUACAUACCAGGCGACCAUUGGUAUUGAUUUUUUAUCAAAAACAAUGUAUCUAGAAGAUAGAACUGUAAGAUUACAAUUAUGGGAUACAGCUGGUCAAGAGAGAUUCCGAAGUCUUAUUCCUUCUUAUAUUAGAGACUCUACAGUUGCAGUUGUUGUUUAUGAUAUAACAAAUGCUAAUUCUUUUCAUCAGACAUCUAAGUGGAUUGAUGAUGUAAGAACUGAACGGGGUAGUGAUGUAAUUAUUAUGUUGGUUGGUAAUAAAACUGAUUUGACCGAUAAAAGGCAAGUUUUAGCAGAAGAUGGUGAAAGAAAAGCCAAAGAGUUAAAUGUUAUGUUCAUUGAAACUAGUGCUAAAGCUGGUUACAAUGUCAAACAAUUAUUUAGAAGAGUAGCUGCUGCCUUACCUGGUAUGGAUGUUGCUGAAAACCGACCUCCAGAAGACACUGUUGACUUGCAGAAUCAUGCAGCCACUGAAGGUAAUUCACAAGGGUCGGAAAAUAGCUGUUUAUGUUAACUACUAUUAUACUAAUUAUUUUUUAUGUAAUUUGUAAUAUUUUUUAUACAACAUACAUUAUAUCUACUAUUUAAAUUGUACGACUUCCUACAGUUUUAUAAUUUCAGAACAAUGGUUCGAAGGAUUAUUUUAUAACUCAUUAUCUAAUGUGUGUUGGCUAUACAUUUUUUUUUUAGUUUUUAUAAAAGUUUGGUAGGAAAAGAUUAGUCAUUGACAUCUUUUUAUUUUUUUAAUUUAUUAUUAAGCUUUACAGCCAUAGGCACAAUAUGAUAGGUCUUAGAUCACUCUAGUUCUAUCACUCCCCCCCCCCCAAAA